AUGUUUUUCAGUAUUCGAACUCUACGGGGCUCUAAGUCAGAUUAUAAGUGGUCGUUGUUACUGAUUCUCUUUACUCAAUUCAUCGGAAUCAUACUGGGUACAAUUGCCCCACUUUCUAGAUGUUUUGCUGCCUUAAGCUUUAGGGUGUCUCUAAAAUGGAUUGUCAACCAUAUCAAGAUGUCUAACGUGGAGAGCUACUGGACUCAGAAGUUAUAUGAUUGGAAACAGAGUAGCAUACCAUUCCCAUACAGUAGCCGCAAAUGCAAGAUCGUCAUCCAAAGUUUGAAAAAUCUGUUUCUCAGCAUUUGUAUUGGAUUCCAGAAAACAGUCGUGGUGGCAUGCAAGAUGAUAAGAGUUAUUCCAAUUUUCUUUGUCAUAUGUGUGGUGUACUGUCUACGUUGUUGGAAGUUGUUAAAGGACAUGUUUAGUGCCUCGGUACAUAAUACUGAGCAACUAGGAAAAGAUAAAGAUCUUAGUGGAUAUGUUUUGCAACUUCAAGAUGAUAUGGAGUUUGCGGAGAGAACACUGAAAGGAAUUUCAAAAUCUGUGAACCGCUUGAUCCAAAAAGCUGAAAAGCAACAACCCAAGAAUCUUAUGAAGCUUCUAACAGAAUCCAGAGGUUUUGAAGGAGUUGAAAAGUUCGACAGCCAUCAUGUUCCGUCUUUACUUUCAGAAAAAUAUCUCCAUUGUUGGAGCUUGCCCCUGGUAACUCUGACAACCAUUGCCAUGUCUCUUCCUAACAUCCAAAAGAACAUUGUCGAUUGCUUGCUAAGUGGUGUGAGUGAAGGUCUUGUAUAUGUCACACUUGUGGAAGAAAGCCUUAAUAUUACUGAUGAUGAUGUAAGCAUUCAAAAGGCGGCUAAAACUCUAUGGGUAGAAGUUGAAGUAUACCACAAAUGGUUAGGAAACAACCUACCAAAAGCAAAUACAACUGAGCAGAUUCUUCAAUGGUUGAGGGAUACAGGUAAAAACGUUGUCAGUGAGGUGGAAAGGGUGGAAAGGACGGAUAUUGGAGUCCCAAAUGAUAAUUCCAAAUACAAGUCUAUUUCUGCUAAUUCGAUGUAUCGAAUCAGUGAAACAAUUUUGUGCUCCUAUCAUGAGAACAUAAGCCAGGUUAGCCAAGAAGAGCUAUUUGCAGAAUUAUUAUCAAUGAUUGCUGACAUUUUGGCUGCUUGUCUCACAAACUUACCCCAAGUCAUAGCAAUGAAAUGUCACACAAGUGCCAUAGAGAAAAGGGAGGCAAGUGUGCGUGCUGCAGCCCAACUUCUUGGUGAGACUAUGCAAAUAAUCAACAUCCUGCAAGAUCGAGAACUUCUGAGCUUGAUUCGUAACGACAUGGCGUUUAUUGACAAGUGGCAUUCUUACUUAAAGGAUCCUUGUCCUUAA